AUGCAGGAAUCGCAGCUGAAGCAGAUCGAGGUGCGCCCGCUGGCUUUCAAGCGGCUCCUACGUAGCAUCGAACUCGAGCGGCAGCGGCGAGGGACGUUCCUGCAGCAAUCUGCCUUCGAUGAUGACGUCAGCGUGCCAAUGCGCAGACCACCACCCGUGUCUCUGGAUGAGGGCGACGGCCAGUCGGAAGGUGAGGUUCGGGAUGUCCAGGGCGAACGAGGCCGAGAAUCUGCCUCGCAGAUGGUGGCCCGUAUGCUCUCCACACCUACACCCUCUAGGCCCUCGCUGGCACACGAAGGCCACAGCCACAGCACUCAACGCCUUCCCGAUGAAUGCAUUUGGGAGCCAUCGGAGCCGCGGUCAGAUCCGCCCGAAGAGCACCCCGUGACCGAAGACGCGGCCCAGCUGCAUUCCUGA